CGGAGGGAUCGUUUGCUCGAUGGUUGGAGGUGUAGGCUCUUAUCUGGGUGAGGUGGUAGCUGCAUAAGGAAUUGGGGAGCUGAGCGGGCCUCUUGCAAUGCCAUCCCUUGCCAUCGCUCUUCUUGCAGUGCUGCGCAACAAGGCUUACUGUCUGAAGUCUUCACGCCAAUUAACAGCGUCUUUCUUCUGCACAAUGCUGAGCAAAGUCAUCAACUCUAAUUCAAACCUCCGUCACCGUCGUCAGUGCUUAUCCUCCGCCUUCAAUGUCUUUUGCCUCGCCAUUGGAAUCCUCGGAUUCCUCAUCGGAGCCAUGGCUUUAUACAACUACAGCAGCUUCAACCUAACUUCAUGGGAUGGUAAUGGGACUGUGGGCGGAUCCGUUGCACCCGCACCCGGCUUCAGCAAGAGGCGUCGGGUGCUCGGAUUUGUAGGGGUGCAGACAGGGUUCGGAUCAACAGAGAGGAGGAAAGCCCUUCGAAAGACUUGGUUCCCUUCCGAUCCUCAAAGCCUUCGCCAACUCGAAGAAUCGACGGGUUUGGCUUUCCGAUUUGUGAUCGGGAAGACAGGCGACGAGACCAAGAUGGCGGAACUUAGAGGGGAAGCCGAAGAGUAUGACGACUUCUUGAUGCUGGAUGACAUCGAGGAGAGUUAUAGCAAUCUCCCCGCCAAGACCAUCUCGUUCUUCAGAGCGGCGUACGAAUCGUUUGACGCUGAUUUUUAUGUCAAGCUUGACGACGACGUUUAUCUAAGGCCGGGUCGACUCUCUCUCCUCUUGCAAAGAGAUCGCCCCCACCCCCUCACCUACAUCGGGUGCAUGCACAAGGGUCUGGUCCUGACUGACCCAGGACAGAAGUGGUACGAGCCUCGAUCAGAUUUGCUCGGCCAUGAAUAUUUCUCUUACGCUGGUGGCAGCAUCUACGCGCUAUCGUAUGAAGUCGUUGAGAACUUAGUUGGCUUGAGAAGGGACGUCGUUCGUUUGUUCAGCAAUGAAGACGUGACGAUCGGAGCUUGGAUGCUGGCCAUGAACGUCCAUCAUGAAGAUGACCGGGCACUCUGCGAGCCUGAAUGCAGGCCGUCGUCGGUGGCUGUUUGGGACGACGGGUGCUCGGGGCUAUGCAAUCCGGAGGCGAGGAUGUUAGAGCUACACGAAAAAGAAAUAUGCAGGGGGUAAUCACGGUUUAUAGUAAAUAAAAUAAUCACUGUGACAUUACAAAUGUAUUUUUCUCUUGUAUGCAGAGGCUAUGAUCAAUAGCUAAGCAAUUGUGCUGAGAAAAAUGGUGGAUUUCAGUUAUGCCUUUGACUUAGUAGCAUCAAAAUUAUGAAAGCAUAACAUAUUGUACGUAUGGAUGUUUC